AUCUCACUUAGGCACAGUUCCGUACUAGAUAAUGUUUGCAUAAACUCGCGUACAUAUGUUUAAUUUUUGCAUAAUUUAUUUACUUCCUAAAUAAAUACUUGUGGUUUACUUCAGAUCAAAUAAUGAAAACGAAACGACUAAUAGCAUCACAGGGCCAUGCACUCCGAUGUUAAAAUAUCUUCAUGACCAAACAUGUUGCCAUGGGUGGUGUGUGUGCCACGUUUGGGGGAAUAAUGCUUGCUUAAUUAACUAGGUCUCUCUUGCAUGAAGUAAUCUAUUUAUGAAAGUUAAAUGUCCCAUUAACAAUGCCAAUUAAUAAAACCAUAAAACUCCCUUAACUUGUGGUCUUUAAGGGCCAUAUGUUCUUGUCUAGAUAUAAUGUGACAUGCUAUGCCAAUGUCUCCUCCUCCGAGAGAUGCAGGUAAACAGGAAGCCACCAUCCAGUCUCUGUAGAUCUCCCCUUAGCUAGCUAGCUUCUGAAACCCACCCAUGGAUUUCGGUUACUUCCAGCCCCAUGCAGGGAGCUGUGAUGACAUGCCGCUUGAUUUCCAUGUGCAGCAAAAUGCUCACUACGACCUCCAGCCUGUUGAUGGUUCAUUCGAACCUACCGGUGGAUCGAUCGUUCCGUUCACAGCCUUCUAUCAGGACUACUAUCCACAAGGCGCAGUGCAGAAGGCUCUCCUCGACGACGCUUCAUCGAUCAUUCAUAAUUCUGGACCUUUCUUGCCUCUGUUGACGCCAAAACUGGAGGUUUCACAUCUCAUAGGAGGAGGCCGCCUUGGAUCAUACAAGGCUUAUGAGAUGAGCCGCAGGUUUCUUCCAAGAAAGAAGGCAUCGAGUAAGGCUCUCAAGAAGGCUAAUGUUGUCAAAGGGCAAUGGACACUGGACGAAGACAGGAAGUUGGUAAAGUUAGUGGAACAGUUUGGACUGAGGAAGUGGUCUCAGAUUGCACAAAUGCUGCCUGGAAGAGUGGGAAAGCAAUGCAGAGAAAGAUGGCACAACCAUUUGAGACCUAACAUCAAGAAAGAUACUUGGAGUGAGGAAGAAGACAUGGUUCUAAUACAAACACACAAGGAGGUUGGCAACAAAUGGGCUGAGAUAGCUAAGCGCCUCCCUGGGAGAACAGAAAACUCCAUAAAAAAUCAUUGGAAUGCAACAAAGAGAAGGCAGUUUGCACGGAGGCGGACCCGCACUAGUGCCAAGAAUCCCAAAUCUGGUACCCUACUGCAGAAUUACAUCAAAAGCCUUGGAAUUGGCUCUAGCAAGGUCAUUGCUCCUGUAGAUCCAAAAGAACCUCCAUUGUCACCAUCUUCAACAGCACCUCCAACACAAAAUAUGUUACAGGUGAAUGAUAACUGGACAGAAUCCAACCCGUCCAACACAAUGGUUACUGAAGGAAUAUUCAGCACAGAUGACGGACAAACUCACUCUUGCGAAGAAAUUCUAGUUCCUACCUGUGAUGAUUUUUCCAUUGACAUGUGUGAUGGACUAUUUGACACAAAGGAGGAGGCACAGUACCAAGUUUACAGCAUAGAUGAUGAUGUUGACAUGGACUACAUCUUCAACCAUAUUGAUUACGCCAUUAAGGUUGACCAUGAGUUAGAUAUGGAGAUGACAUGGGAUGAUGACGCACUCGUAAGCACUGACUCUGCAUUAUCACCAUUGGUGACAGCGUUUGGUCCAGCAGAAAUCAAGACCGUGCAUGUGAAGGAGGAGGUGGAUCUCAUUGAGCUGGUCAAGCAUACACAAGCUUGCAGCUAGUGGACAAGAAAAAAAACAGCAAUAUUAUUAUAUAUGCAUGCUAUUUAUAGUUAAUAUGACGACCUUUUGAAUGUAUUAUGGGACAUGCUAUUUAUAGAUAAUAUGACGACCUUCUGGAUAUUUUAUAGAUAAUAUGACGACCUUUUAAUGUAUAACGGGAAUAUAUAUAUUUACAAUAAAAGUGCUAAGAUCA